AAAAAAAAAAAAAAACGUCUCAGAGAACCAAAGACGUACUGGCACAAUGUCUUCCCUAUCAUCUCAUAACCCCCACAACACCCCGACCCUCCCAAACUUCACCCGCUACAUCACAACCCACGACGCCAACGGUACCGCCAUAAUCCACAGUGCAACCGAAAGCACCUUCAGAGAAUAUGACAGCGGUAGCCUGCGCUUCAAUGUUCCCUUCACCACCUCCCAGUUCCCCGCCGAACUAAGCGGUGACGCCGAUAUAUCCGCCCAUGAGUCGCUGCUAGCGUCUGGCAACCUGGGUCUGGUUAGCCCCAGUGGGACCGUCUGCCGGGUUGUAGACUUUGCGCCUCUGAAAUCGGGAACCAAGGGAUUGAUGCAUCGGACACAAAGCUUGGAUUAUGGGAUUGUCUUGGAGGGAUCUAUUGAGAUGUGGUUGGACUCCGGGGAAAUGAAACUGUUGAAGAAGGGUGAUAUCGCUGUGCAGAGGGGAACAAUGCAUGAGUGGAGGAAUCCAAGUGAAACGGAGUGGACUAGGAUGGUGUUUGUGCUGCAGGGUAGCAAGCCUUUAGUGGUUGGGGAUAAAGUGCUGAAGGAGGAGUUGGGGACUCAGACGGAGAUUAAGCCCAGUGUGAGUGCAAGUAGUCUGUGAGGGCUGUGCGUCUUAUCACGGCCUGGUAGACUACUCUCUGGAAGUUCGUACAAGGGCUAUGUGUGAAGGUCUGCUAGAUACCUGACUAGUAACAAAACCCAUGAGUUAAUCCUGUUGGUCACAAGUUAUAAUGGAGACCUCUACUCGCAAAGUUUGCUCGAGAAGCUAUUGAGGUGUCUCCAGGACUUUAUGACAAUAAAUUUUAGUAGUUUUGAGCCAUGCAAUAGUUAAGGCAAAUAGUUGUCCUGAGUUAUCCGGUAUUCUGAUUAUCGGGUACCUGCCGAGCAGUGCAUGGUGGACUGUAU